AUGAUCCUGCGGAAGUUUUGGUGCUCCGUCUGGCACCAAAGCCUCGAUCCCAUUGCCAUUGCUCGUGUCCCCGGAGCUGCCAGCAUGAGAAACAGGGCCACCACCUCCUUGAGCAGGGGGAAAAUCCGCCAGUCAUGGAGCAAAUACAACUUGUAUAACCUCUCGCGAUUCCGCAGCCCACCUACCGCCAACCGCACAUUCUUCCAGCAGAAAUGGUCCGCCAAGGCCAUUUCCCGCGCCUACCACGGCGAACAAGUCCGCGAGGGCCAAUGGAAGCGCAUGUUCUCCAAGCGCAUCCGCAGCGUCGUCCCCAUGAACGUCGCUGACCUGGCGGCCGAUGAUGGGUCACUGGUGUCUUCUGGUCGGGGAUUGGGUCUGGAUAGUGGAGCUAAAAAAUCCAGGGCAAAUGUACGGCCUAUGCCCUUUACGCAGAUGGCGUUCGCGCCGCUGGAGCGGAGGUUGGAUGUUGCUAUCUUUCGGGCUUUGUUUGCCAGCAGUGCCCGGCAGGCGAGGCAGUUUGUUAUUCAUGGUGCGGUGACGGUCAAUGGGCAGAAGAUGAGACAGCCCAGCUACCUCCUCAACCCCGGUGACCUGUUCCAGGUCGAUCCCGAACGGGUCAUGUAUGCCACUGGCGCCCCCAAGAACAAGUUCGAGCGGCGCGAAGCUCGAUUGGAGAGGAAGAAGGAAGAAAAGGAAGAAAAAGCCCCAGCCGAGGAGGGUGAGGCGAAAGAGGUCAAGCCCGAGGCGGAGGCUAAGGAGAGUGAAAAAGAGAACACCCGGGAAACCCUCAAGGCGCUGAUGGCGCAAGCCAAAAAUGUCAUGUCCCAUGAGGUACUGCCCGCCAAACGCAAGCAGGAGCUGCGAGGGUUCCAAAAGGCCGUGCGGCGUGUGAUGUCCCGCGCCGGGUCUAGCAGCGUGCUCACGGACAGUUUGGAAAACCAGUUCUCAGAAUUAACGCUGCUCCUGAAGGCGAAGCGCGCCGACAAGAAAGACUCCAAGAAAGGCGGCAAGGAGCGGCGACCCGCAAAGGAUGAGGACUCCGCUGCUACUGAGGCCGCGGAGGCAGAUGCGGCUCCUGGCGAGGCUCUGUCGGAGGCCUUCGAGAAAGCCUCCAAGGGAGAAGAGGUCGACACUUCGGAGCUGACGGACGAUGAGUUUGACGUACUGAAGCGCGCUCUCACCCAGAUGCGCGACAACCCUAUCGACAACUCCAAGCCCUACGCCACACCCUGGCGUCCGCGCGACUACAUGUCUGCCUUUGCCUUUAUUCCGCGCUACCUCGAAGUCAACCAGAACAUCUGUGCUGCCGUAUACCUACGGCACCCAGUCGCCCGACCCGGCGCUGCCGAAGUGCCCACUCCCUUCGGCGAGACGGUCAGCACCCCUGCUUACGGCUGGUACUUGAAGAGACGGUGGUAG